AUGGCGGCAACAGGGUGGCGCGUUCUGCUGCUGGGCGUCCUGGCGAUGGCGGCCUCCGCACAGAGCCCGACCCAGAUUGGUACGCGCAUACUCUUUCUCCCUGCCACUGCCUCUCCAGGUGGAACGGGAAUGACGGAAGGUUAUGGUUUCCCCAAUGCAGGGUUCAACAGCAUCGAUUGCGGCCUCGGCGGCGACUCUAAUUACACAGAAGUGCUUGAAAGAGAUGGAGCGUUCCUGUUUAGGAAGGAACUGGAAGAGCGGGAAGAACAGAGGAAGAGAGAGAGAGAGAGGAAGAGAGAAACAAGAGAAAGCAAAUCUUCCUCUUUCUUAUAAAAUCGAUGAAUACAAGCGAAUUAUAUAGGAUCAAAAUAGAUCUGUUGGAUGGGGUCCCGUGACGUCGUCUCCACCGUAGUUUUAGCCGUUGGAUUGGCUGGGGCAAUGAUUAUGGUGUCUAUGAGGCAUGCGUUGUUGUUGAAAACCUUAUGCAUUAACAGUUCCCCGCAAGCUAACGCUCGGAACGAGAUUUAGCUUGUUUCUUAGUCAUUGAAAACGACUUUUGAGGAGAGGCUUUGUUAGGAUGUCAACGAGCUGAUGAGUGCUGGGAAGAAAUCUGAUUUGCAAUUGUUUGGCGGUGACCCUUUCACAAAUGAAGUGAAAAUUGAUCUCAAUGUGUUUUGUUCUAGCGUGGAAGACGGGAUUAACAGAUAGAUAUGUAGCUCCUAGAUUGUCGCAGUAGAGAAUUGGAGUGCCUUGUGGAUUGAUCUGAAUUUCAUUAAGAAGGGAAUUUAGCCAGAUAAACUCAGCAGCCGUGUUUGCUGGAACUUUAUACUCAGCCUCUGUACUUGAUCUUGAGACGAUAAAAUGUUUCUUCGACGACCAGGAGAUCAAGUUUCUUCCAAGAUAAACAAGAUAACCACUAGUGGAUCGGCGAUCAUUCUUAGAAGAGGCCCAAUCUGCGUCACUGUAGGCUGUGAGCUGAAGAAGAGAGUUAUGAGAGAGAUGAAGGUUCAAAGUAAUUGAGCCCUUUAGAUAGUGAAGAAGAUGCUUGAGGGUUUGCCAAUCUUCAUGAGAGGGGUUGUGCAUUUUUUGAUAUGCCCAAUUCACAUAAUAGGAUAUGUCUGGACGUGUUAUUGUGAGGUAGUGUAGACCACUGAGGAUGCUUCUAUAAGUCUUAGGAUCAGGAAGUAAAGUGUUGUUGGGAAAGUCAGUUAUGAAGGUUGACCAUGGAGUUGACAUUGACUUGCACUGAUCCAGGUGUGCCCAUUGAAGGAUUGUAGCUAGAUAUUUAGAUUACGAGAGAAGAUAACCUGUGAAAACAUGAAGUAAUUCUAUUCCAAGGAAAAAGUGAGCAUGCAUUAGAUCCUUAAUGGUAAAUUUUAUAUUCAGUGAUGAAAUAAGAAAAUUAAUAAAAUGAAAAUUUGAUUCAAUGAUUAGUAGAUCAUCAACAUAAAUUAGAAUAAACAAUGGUUCAUUUAUGAAAAAAAAUAAGGAGGUAUCUAUUUUGGAUCUGAUAAAACUGAGAGAGAUAAGAGGAUAAUUUGGAAAACCAUGCUCUAAGGGAUUGUUUUAAUCUAUAGAUAAAUUUAUGAAGUUUGCAAAUGUGAUUAGGGAAAUUGGAGUUCUUGUAUCCCUCUAGUUGCUCCAUGAUGAUACUCUUAGUGAGAUCUCCAUGAAGGAAGGUGUUGGACACAUCCAAUUAAUGGAUGUGCCAUUGUUGACUAAUAACUGUGGAUAGAAGGAGCCUUAUAGUUGUAAUUUUGAUGAUAGGUGAGAAAGUAUUGAAAUAAUCGAACCCUUCUUGUUGAAAAAAAUCUUUUGCCACUAAUUAGGCUUUAUACUAGUCUAUGGACUCAUCAGAUUUAAGUUUUAACUAGUAGACCCAUUAACACCCAAUUAUAUGUGUGUUAGGAGGCCAUGGGAUUAAGGUCCAAGUUUGAUUUUUUUGGAGAGCCUCAAACUCUGAUUGCAUAGCUUGUCUCCAUAAGGGAUGUUUGGAGGUAGUGGAGAAAUUUUUGGGUUCCUUAUGAGAGAGAGUAAGAUGGUAGCAUUGGGGUAACGAAUAUUUAGUUGACAAGGUUGUUAAAUAAGAGGAAGUUAGAGGGACUGCUGUGGUAUCCCUAUAGAGAUGACUGAUAUGCCUAAAUUUGGCUGAUGGAGUUGAGGAAGAAGAUGUUGGAUCUGAAUUGUCACUAUCAGGUGGGUGAGAGGUUGAGUUAGUUAACAAGUGAGCAAGAGAAUUGGAAAUGAGAGUAAUUUCAGUGGAGGACAAGGAAGUGGUUAUGAUUGUUAUUUGGUGUGAAGGGGAGAAAGUUGAAGAAGGGGUAGAAGUGGGGGGUGAGGAGGGAAGGAUAGGAAUUGAUACAUAAUUAGGAUGGAAACCUAGGAUUCCCCUAUCUGCAAUGGAGGAGUUGGAUUUGACUAGAUGUGGUGUGAAGUGAGGGAAUAUGGACUCAUAGAAUAGUACAUGAUGAGAUGUAUAAAAUUUUCUGGAAGCAAGAGACUUACAUCUAUAAUUGUGGUGAAGUGAGCUAUAUAUCCUAAAAAUAAAUGAGAUUCGGAGCUAUCUUCUAAUUUAUGUUAUGCAUAAGAUCUAGUGUACAGAUAAUAGAGGCAUCUGAAGGUUUUGAGUGUUUGAUAGUCAGGUAUAACUUUGUAAAGAACUUCAAAAGGACUCUUAAAUUUUAGAAUGGGGGUAGGCAUUUGAUUAAUAAGAUAGGUAGCUGUACACACAACUUCAUCUCAAUAUUCUUGGGACAUAGAGGCUUGUUUGAGAAGAGAUAAGGCUGUCUCUAUAAGGUGUCUAUGUUUGCAUUCGGCAGUCCCAUUUUGUUGGGGUGUAUGAGGACAAGAGAUACGAUGAUGAAUGCCUCAAUCCUAAAAAUGCUUGGUCCACCUGAAACUCACCACCCAAUCUGAUUGAAACGGAAGGAUUUUACUAGAAAAAAGUCGUUGUACCUUUGCUUGAAAUUUGAUAAAGAUUUGAAACACAUCACUUUUAUUUUUGAGAUGAUAAAGCCACAUGAAUUUGCUAUAAUCAUCAAUAAAAAUUACAUAAUAAGAGAAAUGAAAAAGAGAAGUAAUGGGUGAAGGACCCCAUAGAUUGGAAUGUAUUGAUUCAAGUGGUGUAAUAGAAAUAUGAGAAGAGUUCUAAAAAGGAAGUUUAUGUGAUUUCGAAACAUUACAAGCAUGACAAAAUUCGAAAUUACUUUUGGGUAUGCAAAAUAAGGGCAGCCCAUGUUGAGUAAUGAUCUUAUUUAAUAUCUGACGUGACUUAGUCGUUGUCUAUUAAAUCACACAAAUAUUAAAUUUAUAAAAUUAGAAAAUACAAAUUUUCAGAUAUUUAGAAGUAUUUCUGAACAAAUAUAUCAAUUAUAAUUCAAUAAAACUUUCAAAAAUAGCGGUAAUUUUUCAAAUCGAUCACAAGGAUGUAAUAUAAUAUCUGGUAAUUAUUCAAAAUUUUCCUCAGAGAAUACUAUUUUAUAUGAAUUUUAUACUAAGAAAUGAAAAGGAAAUAUAUUUAAAAUUCACGAAAAAAGAAAAUAACGGUGCGGGCGUCAGGAUGACGUUAGUGCCCGAUGAAUGCGAAUCGAGCGGAAAUAGAGUUCCACCCGACGAUUCUUACGUAAGCGAUUACAGAUGAUUUAAUUGAUCAAAUUAAGAUCUGUAAAAGACAGAAGAAUUGUAAUGAAAUGAAGUAUAUGUUGGUAAAUUUAAAAUCAACAAAUUAUCACUAAAUGAAACGGAAAUUAAGUUGAAGGUAGGAAAACAGAGUUCCGGCGUCGCGGCGGCGAUGCGUUGGCAAUACAUUGAAAUUCUGAGUGUUUGAGAGGAUCGUCGUGCAGUGUCCACGGCCUCGAAGGCUCUCCUUGGACAAGGAUGACAUGGGCAAUCUUUAGAUCUUAUCGUGAAGUCUAGAGAUUAAUGAAAUGGGUCGUCGAAUCGUCUCUGGCGGCUGUCACCCAGCGGAGCGGAAAAAUGGCAACUUUGCAGCUCUCUGGCAGCUGUCACCCGAUAGAGAGGAGCUAGAUGGAGGUGGGGCGCGUGUCAAGGAGCUUCAUCCUCAGGUCCGCGCAGUAAGAGGAGGCUCUUCAUCGCAUCUAGUACGCUCACAGGAGGUGGCGACUCGUCUCCUGGUUGAUCGUCCUCUUCCUGACGACGGCUUGUUCGUCGAUCAAUCGGAGAUGAUUUACUCGAUAGAUUCGUGAUCCUUUUAUCACAAAUUGUUCAGCAAUUUUAGUAGCAAUGCUCCACAAAUCGCGUUGACGAGAUUUUCGCCGGUGAUCCAGCGAUUCUCGUUGCUUAAUCUUUCACUAGCAAUCUGCAGGAAAGUCGCAAUAAUCAGAUAAAAAUAUAUGACUUUUUACUCUAGAAGUACUCAAACCCGCGUCGGUUGUCCGCCCCUUUUGAGGAAGGUGUGACGCAAGUUUAGUCCCACAUCAGUUGUGCACCGAUUUUUUGGGCGAAUAUAUAGUAACGUUACAUUCCCGAUCAAGCACGCAUGCAUGACCACUCCUUGCCUCACAGCUAGCUGGCCACCGGUGACAUGGAAGGGGAGUGGCACACACGUGCCUCCAUCGGUUCAAGCCGCUCGAGCUCUUGCUCGCGGCUGCUCCCGACUGAGCUUCUGACCCGUUUGCGGGCCCAGCUGGCCAGCAGGUCCCCCUCAUUUUGUCUUAUUUUUAUUUUUUAUUUCUUUUUCCUUAUUUAUCUCAAAAGCAAGAUUAUAAAAAUCAUAUAAAUUCAUGUAAAAUCACAUAAUUACCUAAAAAUUCACAUUAAUCAACUGAAAAUCACUUUUCACACUUUAACAUAAAUAGAAGUCUAUUUAUCAUGAGUUAAGGCUAAAACUAUAUUAUUUACUAAUCAUUAACUCAUGAUAAUGAAAACUUAUCAAUAUCUGAAAUUGGGGAUGUCUCAAUCGAUUGUGCCAUGUAGCAAGGUCUGUCUUGGCCCCCAAGAACACUGAAGGUUGACCAUGCAGUUGAAGAAGAUAAAGUUCAUCUUCAGUUGUUCCCUUGAGGAGGAUUUUGUGGGUUUUCUCAUCCUUCACAAGAUAGUAGGUAGCAUGAAAUUCAAUGAAAACAUCAUUAUCAUCGGUAAAUUGUUUAACAAAAAGUAGAUGUUUUUGAAUGUGAGGGACAUACAAUAUAUUAUUUAAUUUUAAGGGAAAAGAAUGGGUUUUAAUUAUAGCGGUGCCAGUAGAAGAAAUAGCCAUACUUGAGCCAUUACUUAUCUGCAGCUGAUCGGGGACUUGAUAGGGAGUAUAGGAGUGGAGGACCCCUUGAUUAGGUGUGAUGUGGUGAGUAGCAACACUAUCGGGAUACCAGUUGACCGGUGCCGGUUGUGGAUUAUGAUGAGUCGUCAAGUAAGCUUGCGGCUGAGUGAUAUGUGGAAGAUUCAGGACAGGUAGGUUGUAGGCGUGUUCAGAUUGCGGUUGAAAGGCAGGGUUGAACCGUUCCCUACAUUGAAACACCUGAUGGCCAAAUUGAGAACAGAGUUGACAGCGUGGCUGCCAAUUCUGGUUCCCCCAUCCUCGUCUUCCACGAUUAUUGCCGGAUCCACGGUUGGAUUGAGACCAAUUUUGCAGAUGACCAGAAGAUUUAUCGGUCUGAUUAGUUUGGGCAAGAUUUGCUGAAGGUGCCACGGUAGAUGAGAGUGUCGAAGGAGCCAUCUGUUGGUGAUGAGCUAUUGUGGCUUCAUGGGAUCGAAGACUAGAGAUGAUAUCCUCGAAGGUAAGAUGAUUGAGAUUAGCGUUAAUGCUAAUAUCAAAAGUGCUAUAUUUGGGACCGAGGCCUCUUAAAAAAACACAAAUCUGAGAUAUUUCUUCAACAAGUUUACCAGCUAGAGCAAGCUCCUCGGCAAGCCGUUUGAAUCUUUGAAUGUAUUCUUCGAUGCAGGAAUCGCCUUUGACGAAGUUGUGGAGGUGCCGUUGAAGAUCCAUGAUGCGGGAGCGAUCGGACGAGGAGUAGGUUUUCUGAAUGGCCGUCCAGAGCUCCUUGGUGGUCGUUUUUUGACCUAGUUUAGAUAGAAUUAUUUCGGAGAGAGAGGAGUUAAUAAAGCCGAGCACCUGCUGUUCGUUGCGCCACCAGGCUUGAUAGGCAGGAUUCGGUUGAUCAUCGAUCGUGGCAGCCGGCGGGUCUUGAUCGAUGUAUUUUUGAAGAUCGUAGCCGUUAAGAAGAGGGACGAUCGUGUUCUUCCGUACCGAGAAAUUUUCUCUAGUCAAUCCGACAGGAACCACCAGACUGGUUGGCACAGCCAUGAUAAUCGAAGGCGCGAUGCGAUGGUGAUGGUGGACACGAUUUGAGAAGAGGAGGAAGAUGCCAUUAGAUCCACACUUGAGCGCCUGUAGGCUCUGAUACCAUGAAAGAGAUAGAGCGUUCCUGUUUAAGAAGGAACUGGAAGAGCGGGAAGAACAGAGGAAGAGAGAGAGAGAGAGAGAGAGAGAGGAAGAGAGAAACAAGAGAAAGCAAAUCUUCCUCUUUCUUGUAAAAUAGAUGAAUACAAGCGGUUUAUAUAGGAUCAAAAUAGAUCCCUUGGAUGGGGUCCCGUGACGUCGUCUCCACCGUAGUUUUAGCCGUUGGAGAGUUUAAAUCUUUCCUGAUUGUUGGCGAUGUUUGAUUGGCUGGGGCGACGGUUAUAGUGCCUAUGAGGCACGCGUUGUUGUUGAAAACCUUAUGCGUUAAUAGCGCUGACUAAGAUCUCGUACUCGCCGGACGAGGCCUACAUAGACACCGGAGUGAACAGAAGGGUCUCUCCGGCCACAAAUCUCUCCGGCAUAGGGACGUACUACGCCGACCUCUGGAGUUUCCCCGACGGGGUUCGGAACUGCUACGCGCUGAGGCCCGUCGAGAGCGGCGGUAAGUACCUAGUAAGGGCCGACUUCCUGUACGGGAACUACGACGGCCUGGAUCGGCCCCGACCUUCGACGUCUACGUGGGCGUUAAUCUCGCUAGCACCGUCGUGGUCGGGCAGUUCAACCGUCUGGAAAUCAUUGCCGUCGCGCCGCCGAGAGUAUACAGGUCUGUUUGGUGGAUACCGGCGGCGGGACGCCCUUCGUGUCGAUGCUGGAGCUCCGGCCCCUCCUCUAUUCCAUGUACCCCAUGGCGAACCAGUCGCAGUCGCUUCUCCUGCUGGGAAACCGGGAGAACUACGGAUGGGGAAGCAUCAUCCGGUCUCUCUCUCUCUCUCUCUCAACGAUGACCCUGGCGCAGGUACCCGGACGACCGCUACGAUCGAAACUGGUUCCCCGGCAAUGACCGGACGGCAUGGAAACCGAUAAGGAGUGCUCUGGAGGUAAAGACGGCGGCCGGCGACGAGUUUCUUGUGCCGUCGGCCGUGCUGAGGACCGCGGUGACGGCGGCGUCCCUCACCGAUGGCAUAAACUUCAGCGUCAAUAGGCUUCCCCAGGAAGAGACCCUCGUGGUCCUGCACUUCGCCGAGCUCCAGCAGCCCGCAGCCAACGAGACGAGGGAGUUCAACGUCUACAUCGAUGACGUUUUGGCCGCCGGCCCCUACCGGCCGGAGUACCUCAGGGCGGGGGAGAUGUCGUUCACCAUCCCUCCGGGUGGCGCGGCUUCGGUCCCCUACUCAAUUUUGGCCACCGCCAACUCCACUCUGCCCCCCAUCUUCAACGCCAUCCAGAUUUACGCACUGAAGCGACUGAGCUUGCAACCCACCGACGACCGCGACGGUGAGUUAACGUCCUUCAAUUUUUAUUUGUUGGACACGUACCCAACAACCGUUUUAAAUGGUUCCUCUCUCUCUCUCUCUCUCUCUCGCUAUGUUUUUAUGGGCUCAUCCUAAUAAAGGACCUAAUGGCUCUCUGCGCGUGUAUAUUCUGGUUCGUGGUGCUCCUGAUUGGCUGAAAUCUCAGCUGAGGCCAUCUCAGAUAUCAGAAAAUGGUUUCGAGUGGAGGAAUUGGGUGGGCGAUCCAUGUGUUCCAAAGAACUUCACCUGGGAAGGCCUGGAAUGCAGCAUCAACGCCACUAAUUAUUCGAGGAUUAUCUCUCUGUGAGUUCUACUAAAAUAUGGCCAUUUACGAAUUAUUCUGAUCCACCGUGUCUGGGAUUAUAUGAGCUCAAAGACUGAGAUUUGUCUGAUUUUCAGAAACUUGUCUCACAGCGGAUUGAGCGGAGGGAUUCCUCCUUUGAUAUCCAACCUCACAGCGCUGCAGUCAUUGUAAGCCUCUUCCUAAAUCGUACAGGACCAACUUUCAACUCUCCGUGGAAAAUCUGUGCUUGAUUUACAAGGAAACGUCACAACUCUUCGGAGGCAAGGACCAUGCUUCAAGAUCUGAGGACCCAUUAACAGCUUUCUAAACCCAGGUCAAAUGAGAUAGUUACAAAUAGUGGUAAUACACACAGGAACCCAAAGUAAUGAGAAUAUAAUAAACUGGGAUCAUUGGAUUCACACGCUACCAUUCAUUCUUUACUCCCAUCUUUCGAGAGAAUGAUUUAGCUUGCCAAUCCUUCUUCCCCUAGAUACGUAGGAAAGAACUGGCAGAGGAAUCGUUCUAAAGGACGAGUAAUGCAAGGAACAAGGGAUAAAUGUAUACAGGUUAAACUAGGGGAUAAGCCCAUGCAAGAAUUGAUGUUUGGGCUCCGGUUUUCUAAUGACCUACUAUUUAUGAUUCCUUCAUGAUUUUGCAUAAACAAGUUAAGAAUCUGGAUGAAAUUAUGAAGGGAUAGUUUUCCAUUAGCGUUAAGAUUAGAUUCGUUAUAACCGGUCUGUUGCUUUCAGGGAUCUAUCGCACAACUUUACAGGGGAAUACCUGCGAAUCUAGAGAAGCUACCUGCUCUCAGCUUCCUGUAAGUUCUGAAAGGUUACAACUGUUACAUUUCAUUGCGUAUAAAGGAGAAACAGAUGGUCAGAUAUCCUUGCGAUGCAGGAACUUGGCUAGCAACAAUUUGACAGGACCCCUUCCCCCAAUUCUUUAUGAAAAAUCACAGAAUGGAUCCAUUUCAUUGAGGUUAGUUUCUCGUCUAUAAUCCAAGUCUUAUAAAAAAAUUCAUCUACUUUUAGCCUACCUAGCUUUUCCUGGAGUUCCCCAUGCCACAAAACAAGACGUAUAUAGUUUUAAGACAUUUAAUGAGAAAAAGAGAGGAGAGAGGGGGAAAGGGAAGUGCCGCCCGGAGAGAACUCCGAGGAGAGAACGUUCGGAAUGUCUUUAGAUUGUCGCAAGCAGCGCUCACCACAAACCCAGUGGAUCAUUUCAUUCAGUAAAUUUCGGAUUACAAGGGAAAGAGAGGAAAAAUACCCGUGUCCCCGGUUCAGAGUAAACUGCUUGACAGGUAACAUUUACAAGUAAAUUAGUACAGUAAAGGCUGAAGAAAGUAGAGGGCCCUGGUACCUAUUUAACUCCUCGGCCUGUCACAAUUAUGACUGAGCUAGUGCAGUGAAGAAAUAAUAAGAAGGCGGCCCUGUCGAACUGCAUAUGAUACCUGCAAUGCUGUGGUUUUAUUUGGAUCUGCAUGCUCAACAAACGAACCCAAAAACCGAAUGAAAGAUGCAUCUCGACAUGACUUGUUAGGCUCAAUCACACAAAUGAAUCCAGAAGCUGAAUACAAAAGACCUCAUGGGAUGGAAUCUGUAAAAAUGUUUCUCAUUAGUUUCAUCAACUUUACCUGAAACGAAUAAUUAGAGGACCAAUAUAUGUUAUAUCCAAGCUUCCUUUAUUCCACAGAAGCACGCUUCGUCCAGCAUUCAAAGUAAUACAGACCUUUCACCAUGGAUUAGGAAAAAGGAACUAUGUAUUCAUUUUGGGCAAACACACUAAACUCGGCUAAGUAACAUGGGUUGAUCGGCUGGGAUACAUGUAGGACAUAAUAGGUAGGGCAUUUGGGUAUUAAUCGUGUCUUCCACUAAUAUGCUACUGUUAUCAUGACAUACUUUCAGCGUCAACAACAAUCCAAUUCUGUGCAGCACAGUGAAUAUAUGUGAGACAAGAGAACAGAAAAGAAAGAAUAUUGUUCCGAUUGCAAUAGCUAUAUCAGCAGCCCUUGCAGUAGCCUUUGUAAUCUUGAUCAUAGUGUGCAAAGUGAAAAGGAGAAAGGCUAAUGACUCUCCAAGCAAAACACAAGGUAUAUGUCCAUAACGUAUGAUACUCUUUUCUUUGAUAAACUUGCUUAUCAAACAAUGAUGCGAUGUUGCUCAUAGUAUCUUUUUGAUAUUGUCUUGUUCAUUUCAAUAGGUUCGUAUGGAAAGAAAGAUGGAGAAGAAAAUAGUUUGCAUCAUGAGAGUAACAAUUCUCAUUAUCUGACAUCAUAAGAAUGACAAAUAACUUUGAAAAACAAAUCGGUAGAGGAGGUUUUGGAAGUGUCUACCUUGGCCACUUAGAAGAUGAAAAUCAAGUUGCUGUUAAAGUACUCUCCGAAACAUCAGCUUAAGGAGCUAAGGAGUUCAGAGCUGAGGUAACUCAUAGUAAUUGGAAUUAAGAUUCUAUGUGACUUUAUUAAAUUACUUGUUCAGUUAUUAUUUUAUCUUGUAAGAGUAAUUUUUAAUGCUAGUGCUCACAUGAAAUUUCAGGCUGAACUCUUAACAAGGGUACACCAUAAAAAUCUAGUAUCAUUGCUGGGAUAUUGUUAUGAUAACCUGUCAUUGGUCUAUGAGUUCAUAGCCAAAGGUUCCCUUGCGGAUCACCUCUCAGGUUCUCAAACACAACAUACCAUUCACAUCUAACCAGAUAUCAUGCUCUUGUAGGAUCCUUCAGUUAUUUUGAUUAUUUUUUGAAUCCUCUUUUAAAACUUCAUCGUACGUAGGUGACAAGGGCAGUAUUGACAACUUGUGUUGGAGAGAGAGACUAAGAAUAGCAACUGAAGCUGCACAAGGUGAUCCCAUGAAACAUGAUUAAUCCCUUGUCCAUGAUGUCCAUUUCAUUGAUUUUGACGAUUAUGUCUUUUAAUAUCCCUAAUUAUCAUAAUCAAGGAUGUUGCUGAUAUUUCGAAUUACAGGACUUGAUUAUCUGCAUAGUGGUUGCAAGCCAUCCAUAGUUCACAGAGAUGUCAAGACUUCCAACAUCCUCUUGAAUCAAAACCUUGAAGCAAAAUUAUCCGAUUUUGAGCUGUCCAGAGCUUUUCCGAACGAAGGCCUCACUCAUACAUCGACUGCCGUUGCUGGCACCCCCGGAUAUCUCGACCUCGAGUCCAUCUCUACUUCAAAUGUGCCAGUUUAUGAGGAACACCGAGAGCUUGGCAAAUUCAUUUAUUUGAUUCCUUUCCUUAUGUGCAGGUAUUACCAAACAUAUAGGUUGAAUGAGAAAAGCGACCUUUACAGCUUCGGAAUCGUAUUACUAGAACUUUUGACAGGAGAACAACCAAUCACUGUGGGCUCAAAUGCAGAGAAAACUCACAUUGUCCAGCGGGUGCAGUCAACCUUGGAAAGAGGGGAUGUAACCAUUAUUGCAGACCGAAGAAUGAAAGGGUAAUAUAAUGUCAACUCAUUUUGGAGAGCAGUAGGGAUUGCAAUGUCAUGUACGUCACCGGAAUCUAAUAGUAGACCAACAAUGAGCGAUGUGGUGGUGCAACUAAAGGAGUGCAUGUCAACUGAAGAAUCCACGGGCCAGUCAAGCGAUGUCGAUACGAAUGAAAUGAACAGACUCCCAGUUCAUAUGGGCCCAUGGACAGGCCAUCUGCGAGAUAAUAUCGCUCGUGUGUAAGCGUCAAGAGAUCUAAUUCCACAUAUGCAUUCAUGGAUUGAAUAAAACACCGCAUGUCCAAGCUCUGUGUAAGCAUUCAGAGGUUGUUUCCGGUCUUCUUUUUUCUAUGUGUUCAUCCUGGUUUGUCAAUGAACAAAUAAUAUUCUCAGGUGGCCGUGGUCAUGAGAUUUUUCUAGGAGGUGCUUGA